AUGGCACGAAAGCAACUCAUCUAUGAAAUCGGUCUAUUUAGAUCAAGUACCAAAAACAAAGACACACAGUUGAAUGUCUCCAACAAACGCUUCAAAAUCGAUCUCUUUGCUUCCGGCUUCGAAAGCUCAUCUACCCUCCUGGCCGAAUAUCUUCGACACGUUCGACGUCAAGAGCCAGAAUGGAUACCCGAUGAGGCCGAAAUAGAUGAUGAUGGGGAGUUUGAAGACCCUCUUGAAGAAAUGCAUGAUUGGGUCUUGCAGCCAUUUCUGUCAAUCUUCCACGAAAUUGCUCCCCUAGACCCGAGCCAAAAGUACACGCUUGACGACUGUCUGUUUGCAGAAGAAUUUCACUACACUGUGCAGGUGGUGGAAGAGAAGUUAGUUCCUGUUUAUCUCAGUAAUACCAAGAGGAUGCAAAAUGAUCUCAUCGGGACCUGUUUACCACCCUCCGUCGACUACUCGAUUUUUCCUGUCUACCAUCCCAAGGAAGUCCAGGUUCCAAUUAGUGCAGACUCAGCUGCACUGCCAGGAAUACCUCGCAAAGUAUUCAUUCAUGGGCGACCACAGCCUAGCUUCUUUAAGCUAGUCUAUUGGGGUGACGCGGGUAUUCUCACAAGAGAGAUUCUCACUUAUUCAAAGAUUCACAUGGCUAAAUUCGAUCCCCCGAUUCUCACAUCACAACUGGAAGGGCUGAUCCAGGAUGAUAAUGGGUAUGUAAUGGGAUUGCUUUUAUCAUACAUCGAUUGCGGUGGAGCUACACUCAACUGCAUUGAUGGACAUGAUCCCAAAUAUUCCGAGCUUCGACAAAAAUGUUUUGAUCAGGUUUCCCACACACUUCAACACUUCCAUUUACAUCAUAUAAUUUGGGGAGAUGCGAAGGCGGCCAAUGUGCUCAUUGACGUCAAUGAGGAUGCAUACCUGAUUGAUUUUGAAGGAGGUUAUACUAAGGGUUGGGUUGAGAAGGAGAAGUCCGACUCGAUCGAGGGAGAUCUCCAGGGACUUCAGCAUAACAAACGACGCCUUUUUGAGUGA